GGCCGUCAGAGCGGGUUGUGUGGGCGGGGCUUGCGCAGCCGCCGGGACCCCUACGCGCACCGCCUCUGAACCUUAGCCACCGCGCGCCUCCGCCGCCGUCACGCACUUCCUGCGGGGCCUCCGUGCGCACCUCAGCCGAGCCGGACCCAGCUGAGCCCAGCCCUGCCCUUGCAAGCUGUUCGCCAUGGUGGACGAGCUGGUGCUGCUGCUGCACGCUCUCCUGAUGCGGCACCGAGCCUUGAGCAUCGAGAACAGCCAGCUCAUGGAACAGCUGCGGCUGCUGGUGUGCGAGAGGGCCACCCUACUGCGCCAGGUACGUCCGCCGAGCUGCCCGGUGCCCUUCCCCGAAACCUUUAACGGCGAGAGCUCCCGGCUCCCCGAGUUUAUCGUGCAGACGGCUUCUUACAUGCUCGUCAACGAGAACCGAUUCUGCAACGACGCCAUGAAGGUGGCAUUCCUAAUCAGCCUGCUCACCGGGGAAGCCGAGGAGUGGGUGGUGCCCUACAUUGAGAUGGAUAGCCCCAUCCUAGGUGACUACCGGGCCUUCCUUGAUGAGAUGAAACAGUGUUUUGGCUGGGAUGACGACGACGACGACGACGACGACGAAGAUGAAGAAGACGAUUACUAGGCCUGGAGACCCUCGGGCCUAGGGGGGAGGGCCCUGCACGCCGCCCCUCUCCUCCUCGCCACCCUCCCCCCACCCCCAGUCCUGCCUCGCCUCGCCCAGCCCGGAGCCGCUGCGCUCCCCUCGCCCCCGGAUCGUCUUCCUUACCGGUCCCGCCGGUUCUCUCCCUCAUCUCCCCCGUAGUGCUUGUCUUUGUUCCGGGAAUAGUGCUCCAGUUACCUGCUGCUGGGGCUGGGGCCGCUCUCUGAAGUGCGCCGCCUCCGACUCUGGCCAGCCCCGGGACUCUCCCCUGCUCAUUCGAACUGUGUCCUGAGCCCCAGUUAUGGGGCCCCGUUAGAAACUGGUCCGACUACGCACAGCCCUGCCGCCUGUCAGGCCUACUUCUGCCCAGAGACCUACGCUGCCACCUGACCACCCUCCAUCACGUUCCAGCGACAGACCAAGCAAGCCUUUGGAGAUAAGGACCAACCUAGAAGAUGCCUUAGUCGGCUACGCCUCCUGGACAUUGAUUGAACUGCUCACCAACCCCCCUCGAAGGGGCUAAUCUUUCAACCUGGUUAGUUCCCUUACUCCCAGAAGCCCUCUCCUGCCCCACUAGAUUGCUGCAGGGCCCUGGUGUGCCUGGCAGCCAAAUUGUUGCCGUUUCUUUUCUCCCAUGCACUAGUUUUGCACAGCUGUCAAUUUUCUUUCAGAACUGAAGCAGUCCCACAGAUGUGUGCAUUUGGACACAAAUACUAAAAACAAAACAACAAACAAAAGCAGGUACUCAGCGUAGCUCGUCAAUACUACCUGGAAAAAAGCAUUUGCGUUCUUUUCAAUAAAUAUCAAGCACUACAAAAAAAA